AUUACUAUUGUCAAAGAAGUGUUUAUUUGUAUCAAAAGUAUCAAUUUAUCAUCAAUUUUAACCAUUACUUUCAAUUCGCAAUGCUGUCUCCUGACCAUAAGUAAGAGAAACACAGUUAAAUGGAUCUGGAUUCAGAAAGUACAGCUACAUCAAUUGAUGAGAAUACUGAAAAUUUCUGUGAUAAUCCAACUAGAGACACUCUGGCUGAAGGGUUGAUGGGAUUAAUAAAACCGACAGUCGAUUUACUGGAUGAAAAAGUGAGAGCUACAAGAGUGUCACAGUUAGAACUCAAGCAGUGCAUAGAAAGCCUUAGCGAGGAACUGAAACAGAUCCAAGCACUUCAAAAUAAUACUGUAGACCUUGAUGCAUAUGUGAAGAAACUGAUCAAUGCUAAGCAAAGAGUUACUGUGCUCACAAAUGUGCUUCAAAAUUCUCAAGACAGAUUGAAUAAGAUUCAUAUGGCAAUAGAUAAGGAAGUAGUCAAGAGAAAGGAAAUACCCAGUCGUACCAUCUAAACUCCGAUAUGUUAUAUGCCUGAUUUACUUCAUUAAGGAACGAUAAAAGUUUAAGACAUUUGAAUCCAAUGAUUAGUGGCGGAAAUCUUGAAUGACUGACCUAAUACACGAAUUCCGUAUUCGAUCAUGUUUACGAUAUAAACAUUUGUGACCAGUCGAGAUAUCGAUUAUCAGUCCACGUCAUUAAUUAUUACAAAUAAUAUUUAUUUACGUUAGUUGCAAGUGAACACCAUAUAUUGCCAGUGCGUUCUUUUGUAAAGUGCGUUAUACUCCUACGCGUAUUUUCACCCCUUCUUUUCUACCACCCGUUGCAAUAUAAUCACCCUGUUUAAAGAGACCUUUCUGAAAUAAACACAUCGCACGUCUCGUAUUUUCUCUGCUUUAUUAUCAAUCUGAUGUAGACCCCCGUAUUUCCCAUCAUCCGCCGUAAAUUGUGUCGCUUUGCAAUUAGGCUAUUUCCAUCUGAUACAAACACAACCCCCAUACCUCGUAUUUUCACUACUGCCUCCCUAACAACCCUCGUAUUUUACCGUCGCGACGCAAAUUCGCAACCACCCUAUUUUGAGAGGCGAGGUCCUUAUCUCUAUUGAUUGUGGCCGCCGUUAAACUCAAAGCUUGUUCGUUCAUGAGUCAUGUGAUCCGCGAUGAAGUAUAAAGCAGUUAUCGGACUAUAAUAGCAUACGAGAUCGUUGGAGUAUUUUGUAAAUCGAAAAUGGGUGUGAGGUGAACGGUCUAGGUGUGAAAUUCGAAAAAGGCGAUGGCGUAUUCGAACAUUGCAGCCCAUUCUAAAACUCCCACGGCUUUGGAGCAGCUGUUGGAGGAAAUCAACUUUCAGAGGACCAAGGAAAUGAGGCAGCUGCUGAAAGAUGAGUCUGGCUUCGUUAUGCUCCAAGGCACGACCUAUUGGACAGACCUUUUCGUUCGACAUUUUCUUUUCCAAAACGAGUCGACUAUGGACUGCGACGAUCUUUUGUUCUUCGUCAGGAAGAAACACGUUAAGGGAUCUCCUAGAUAUCUACCCAAGUUCGAGACAGAGGUAGAUGUGUUCAGAAAGGAUAGCAGAAAACUUCCUAUAGGAGAUCCUGAUAUAGAUUGGGAAGAGACAGUCUAUCUCAACCUGAUCAUUCAUCAGUUUGAGUAUACUCUCACCCUGGCCAUAUGUACUCGAACAAGUCCUAAAGAAUUACAGGUGUUAAAACGGCACUCGCAGAAAGUAUACGCCUCGCCGAGCCGACGUCGCAUGGACACAAAGGGCGAGGUAGAAGAGAUUACUUAUCCUCACAUCUGCUUCAUGGUGGACAACUUCGACGAAGUAUUCCAUGACAUCCUGGUGCGCGACGGCGAAAUGGUUUGCGUUGAAUUGCUGGCCGCUGACAGAUCUGGCACCAUGCAGGGAGUCAUCUUCUUAGGUUCUAUCAGAUACGAUGCAUUGAAGAAGGUAUAUGAUGCUAGACAAUCAUCCCUGAGCACGAAAAUGGCGCAGCGCAUGACUUUUGGUCUGUUCUCAUCUACGGCGACUCAAAGGUGCGAGUUCGUUAGGAUGAAAGGUCCACAGGGCAAAGGACAUGCGGAGAUGGCUGUUACGAAGCCCAAAGGGUCUGGCGUGGAAACGCCGAGCUCUGAACCAGGCUUUUGCGCUACGGAUAUGUGGGACUCGGAUUGGGAAGAUGAUCAGGAGGACUUUUAUUUCUACAGAUGUCAAAGAAGAUUGAGCGACCCCAGUUCCAACAUCAACAACUUCGUCAGAGGUGGUUGGAAAACAAAGCUGGAUGUAAAAGCUAGGUCUGAAAGUGAAGGUCUGGAUUCCAUCGACAACGGUCUCAGUGAGAUAGAAGCAGGAGAUCUGAGAGACGAUAAGUCUGGUAAUGCGCCUUCCACGAAAUCGGCCUGUUGCUGUGGCUGCUUUAAGAGAAGGAACAGGGAAAGCUAUCUGGAAAUGUACAGCAUGCAAACGACUUGCGUGGACCAUAAGCAGUGCGCCCAAAGGGCUAGGUUGGGCCCGCCGGACAACGAUUGCUGUCAUAGCGUUGAUGUGAACCCGGAAGAGUGUACGCUCAAAAACGCGGAUGAUGAGAAUACGACAAUAAAACAAUGCCAACAAAACGCAAACUACGGUGAAUGCGAAUACGGCGAUGAGGCGGUGUACUUUGAUAGGAACGACUUUGUGAAAUUCGCGCCGUCAGUGCAGACCUCUUGCUGCCAUCAAGAAUCAGAAGAAAAACGUUGCUACCUCACGGUGAAUGGCAAGGAAGAGUUGCCGUCAGUGCACGGGGUCAAGUACUGCCUGUCAGAGACAGAAAAACACGUACGGCACUCAUCGCUCAGAAGCAAGGUGGUACUGUCCAGGGAUAAGGUGAAGUUCUGCAAAGGGAUCAACGGAAAUGUGAAUCCAGUGACUAUAAAAAAUGUCUCGGCAUAUUGUACGUUACCUAAAACCCCGAGGAAAGUGGGCGAAAAUCAUCAGCACCACACGAGGCACGCAAAUCCGCCCAAAAGGGUUACCCCUGAUGGAACGCAUAUCUAUUAUUGGUGUGACUUGAAAAAAGAAAAUGAACUGGAUGAUGGGGCAUACAAUCCUUUAUGGACUAUGCAAGGAUUUACGCAAACUUUCCAUUUUUGGAAAGAGAACAAAAGGGCCCAAUCGGUACCGUUGAAUGCCUUUCUUACUUAUGUCACACUGCCUUGGUGGAGUAUUGCAAAAGAUAUCCUUGAUCAUCGUGAGGGGCCUAUACUAACCUUCUAACAACAGAAGAGGAAUUGAUGAUAUUCAAACAAACCCGUAAGCGCAAAAGUAUUCCAUAUUUGAAACGAAAAUUGUUGAUAUUAUUUUAAAUAUUAAUAAAAAUCAUUUAUAUAC